GACUGCUGGCGAAGCCAUGUGACCGGAAACAGAUAACUAUACUACGACAUAUUGGAAACGGGCAAAAGCAAAAUGUUCCUGAAGUAACCUUAAGUAACUUAAGCUAAAUAUUCAGAUCAUCAUCUACUGACUCACCCUCUCCCCUUGGUGGAGGGAAGUUCUUUGAGACAUGGAAGAAGAGCGAGUGCGUUCCAGCCGUAGACUGAGACGCACACUCCGGCGGCGUUACGAAGAUGACGGCAUUUCCGAUGAUGAGAUUGAGGGCAAGAGAACCUUCGACUUGGAGGAGAAAUUGCAAAGUCCCAAGUAUAACUCCAACUUUAUCAUGUACAUGGAUGGGAAAGACUUUAACAUGCAAUACAUUCAGAAGGGAGGACUCAGGGACCCAAUCAUUUUCACUAGUUCUGAUGGUCUGGGCAUCCAAAUGCCAGACCCCAACUUUAGUGUGAAUGAUGUGAAGAUGUUUGUAGGGAGCCGGCGCAUCGUCGAUGUUAUGGAUGUCGGUACUCAGAGGGGCAUCGAAAUGACAAUGGCACAAUGGGCAAAAUAUUAUGAAACCCCUGAGAAUGAGCGAGAAAAACUGUAUAAUGUUAUCAGCCUGGAGUUCAGCCACACAAAGCUUGAAAGCCUAGUGCAGAGACCAGCUACGGUGGAUCAGAUAGAUUGGGUUGACAAUAUUUGGCCAAGGCACCUUAAAGACAGACAGACAGAGUCUACCAAUGUCAUUCAAGAGAUGCAGUACCCCAAGGUUCAGAAGUACUGCCUCAUGAGUGUACGAGGGUGUUACACUGAUUUCCAUGUAGAUUUUGGUGGUACGUCUGUGUGGUACCAUAUUCUGAGAGGAGGCAAGGUGUUUUGGCUGAUACCCCCUACAGAUCAGAACCUAGAAAUGUAUGAGAACUGGCUCCUGUCAGGAAAGCAGGGUGACGUUUUCCUGGGCGACAGAGUGACAGAAUGUCAGCGUGUUGAGCUAAAGCAGGGUUAUACCUUUGUCAUCCCCUCAGGAUGGAUUCAUGCUGUGUAUACGCCACAGGAUACCUUGGUUUUUGGGGGAAAUUUCCUGCACAGUUUUAACAUCCCAAUGCAAUUGCGCAUAUACAGCAUUGAAGAUAGGACAAGGGUGCCCACAAAGUUUCGCUACCCAUUUUAUUAUGAAAUGUGCUGGUAUGUGCUUGAGCGAUAUGUGUACUGUAUCACCAAGCGUUCUCAUCUCACAAAGGAGUUCCAGCGCGAGUCUUUGAGCAUUGAUUUGGAAUUGAACGAACGCAGGAGGCUAGAGACACCCUCUUCUUCCUCAUGUUCUUUGUCCUCUUCAUCAUCAUCAUCAUCAUCAUCCUCUUCCUCCACUGAUUAUGAUGACUCCUCGGAUCAAGACUGGGAGGAAGAAGAGGGAUUAAGGAAAAGGGAAAGAGACCGUCGGAGAGUGGAGCGAGAACUGCAGAGGAGGAGGGAAAAGGAGAGGCGACACAGAGAGCGAGAAAGAGAGCACCAACAUCACACCGAGGGGAUAAUCAUCCCCCCUCUCCCUGCCUCGCUUCGACCUCUUACACCACCACCCUUCCUUCCACUGUCUACACCUCAGCCAUCACUCAACAACCCUAUCUACCUGACAUGGUUUGAGAUGGAAGGCUUGCGAUGCCUGGUGAAAAAGCUUGAAUCUCUGCCACCACAGAAAAAGUGCCUGCCAUAUGGGAUACAUGACCCAGAUGCACUCAUCUCCGACAUCAAAAAACUCUUAGAAGAACACGCACAAGAUCCACCUGAGCUUGCACUGACCGGAGUACCGAUUGUUCAGUGGCCCAAGAGAAAUCAGUACAAGGUACAUCUUCAACCUAAGAUCCAGUUUACCAAACCUCACACGAUGCGGCCAGCUUCACGCCAUAUCCCUGCUCCUCCACGACCUUCGAGCAAUCCACCUGCUACUGCUGCCUCUUCUGGGGCGCGUAGGCGAAGGGUUAGAUGUAGAAAGUGCCAAGCAUGUCUCCAGAGAGAGUGUGGCACCUGCCACUACUGCAAGGACAUGAAGAAAUUUGGGGGUCCAGGCCGAAUGAAGCAGUCCUGCAUGUUAAGGCAGUGCCUAGCACCCAGGCUGCCACACUCUGUGACCUGUGCCCUGUGUGGGGAAGUGGAUCAGACAAGUGAGUCCCAAGACUUUGAGAAAAAGCUCAUGGAAUGUUCAACGUGCAAUGAAAUUGUGCACCCAGGAUGCCUAAACAUGGAUGGCGAAGGCCUGCUGAGUGAUGAGCUCCCCAACUACUGGGAAUGUCCUAAAUGUUACGAGGAACAGAAAUACAUGGUGGGAACAGAGCAAGACAGACUGCAUAAUAAACGUAAGGCUGUAGAGAACUAUGAGACUGAAUCAUACUUUCCAGCCAAGGUUCUCCGACCUCCCCUGGGGCAGAGUCCUCCAUCCCCACCUCUUCUCCUCCUACCUCCUUCUCCGUCUUCUGGACCUCCCACACCGCCUUCUGCCACACCGCAGAUUACAUUUGCAAGCCGCGAAGAACGAGCUAAGAGACGCCAGCUAGCCCGUGAAAAAGAAAACCACCCUAGCGGACGAGAGUCUGAGGGAGACCGAUUACGGCAUCGGAGUUCCUACCACACAGUUACUCUUCAGAGACCCCCCAAAGAGCUGAGCUCCUCCUCUAUCGUACCCAAGUUGCAAGCUAUUACAUCAAAUCGGCAGCUUUUUUGCUCAUCUCCGCAAGCUCCUGAUUAUUAUUAUGAUGAUGACGAUGAUGAAGAUGACGACGAGGAAGAGGACGAUGAGGAAGAAACAGAAAAUGGCUCCAUGUCAGAACAUAAGACAGCACAUACGGCGAUGCAGAAAGAAGUCUGGCUGUCUGUUUUCCGGUACCUUACACGCAAGGAACUGUGUGUAUGCAUGAGAGUCUGCAAGGCUUGGUAUAAAUGGGGAUGUGAUAAGCGCCUGUGGGCCAGGAUAGAUGUCAGCCGCUGCAAGUCUUUGGUUCCGCAGGCUCUUAGCGGUAUCAUUAAACGACAGCCGGUUCAUCUUGACCUAAGCUGGACAAAUGUUUCCAAGAAGCAGCUCACAUGGCUAGUGAACAGACUGCCAGGUCUGAAGGAUUUAUUUCUUGCUGGUUGCUCAUGGUCUGCCGUUUCUGCACUUAGUAGCUCGAGUUGUCCUCUUUUGCGCACUCUGGACCUUCGAUGGACAGUAGGCAUAAAAGACACCCAGAUCCGUGAUCUACUUAUACCACCUUCUAACAAUCUAGGUAAUGACUGUCGCAGCAAGCUCCGUCUCCUGAUUGACCUGCGCCUUUCGGGUUUGGACAUCACAGAUGUCACCCUGCGGUUGAUCAUCCGUCAUUGCCCUCUUCUGUCUAAACUUGACCUCAGCUACUGCCCUCUUAUAUCUGAUCAGUCUGUUAACCUGUUGACUGCUGUGGGCUCCUCUACCCGUGCUUCCCUCACAGACAUCCACCUUGCAGGGUGCAAAGGGGUGACUGACGAGUCCCUUGUCUACCUGCGACGUGCCUCCAACCUUUCUCUUAUUGAUCUCCGAGUCUGUAAACAGGUGUCACGAGGGGCAUGUGAGGGAUUUAUCUCAGACCUUUCUGUGAGCACCUUGUAUUGUCUGUCAGAAGACAAACUCAUACAGAGGAUCAGCUAGAACAGUGGCCAGCCAUGGGGCAGGAAGAGUGCGUGAGGAAACUUCCUCAAAUGGCUGCUCCCUCUCGCGUGCUUUCUUCCUGCUCCCUCUGUCAGCAGAGAUAAUCAAGGAGCAAUAAUCAGCCUUACCUGCCUGCGGUGGAGUGAUGAUCUGAGGAAAGGAAGUGGGCUAAAUCUGAAACGGGUAUUUAACCAGUUCUAGCGGCCCUAGUGGUGGGGGUCACUUACUAGGGCUGAAAAGUCUAGAAUUCUAGAACUGGAUCUCUAUUCUAACAGAGCAAAAGAACACGUUCUAUUUUCUUACUUUUUGUUUUGGCUCCUUAAUGCAAAACAUAGUCUCUCCUCCAAGCUGGUCAAAGGAGAGGUUACUGGGGUGUGGAUUGGAUUUUUUUUUUUAUAUAUAUAUAUUUUUUUUUAUAAUUAUUGGUAUUUUAUUUUGAGAACAGCUCCACCCCCAUGUUCCAUCUUGUUUUUGUUCCUGUGUAGCAUUAAAACGGGCAACUGCUCAGUUAAGGUUAUUUCUGUGGGUGUUUGUUGUUGGGGGGGAGAGUGUUUGUGUGAAAGUGGGAGAGGGAAGAGGCAUCUUGAUAAAUAGGUUUAAUAUUAUAUUUUUUGAUUGUUAACUUAAUUUGGGUUGUUUUUGUGCCCACCCCUCUCCAUGUAGAAUGCAAGCUCUCAUUGCAUUUUUUUCAUCCACAUGGGGAAAGACAUUUGUGGAUAUAUACAUACAUAUAUGUAUAUAUAUAUAUAUAUAUGCGCUAAUGUUGUGCACACAGAAAGUAUGUGUGUCGACUGUUUUUCUUCCCCUUGCCUGGGGGCUAGAUUGUAUAAAAAGAGCCUGGAUAAUAUUUUUCUCUGCGGAGGCGGUUUCGCUUACCCUUUAUUUCUUUUGCAAUAAAAAAGUUUAUGAUAAA